GAGUUUCCGUAAGAUUUACGUCCAGUAUGGCGUUUUAUUUGUGUUGGGUCGGUCUCGCUGGUAAGCAUCGGUAAAAUCUUUCUUUUUUUCUUCUAGUGCAUGAAAGUAAGCAAAUUAGCAUCAUGCUUAAUUGUUUCCUUAGUAAAAUUAAAGUGCGAGCGCUGUAAACGUGUACAUAAACAUGAAAUGACGUAACAGUUACAGUUAGCCAAAGUUAGCUUACAACCAACUGUAACCAAUAAUCUGAGUCCAUUAUGACUGACGUGGAGGAGCAGCGCCCCGUUCCUCGGGAAAGAGCCAUCCUGGAGAGCUUUUUCACCCAGCUCGGGAUUUUUUCUUUUGACCGAGCCAAAGACUAUGUGGAGAGGGAGAAGGACAUGAGCAGGAGUGCUGGAGCAAUGUGGGCCGCUCUGCUCGCUGCUCUGGCUCAUCUGGCCGCCGCAGAAAAAGCCUACCACAACAUGACUUUUUUGGGACAAAAAAUAGGUGGACAGUCAUUCUUCAGUCGCAAAGAUUCCAUACGAACAAUCUACACGUCUUUGCACAAUGAGUUGCGCAAAGUUGUCACUAUGGGUCGGCACACUCAGUCAAGCUCCACCUCAUUCCUAGAGGAUCUACUGUCUCAUCUCUCAGAACAGCUAUGCUACUUCACACAGGCUCGUGUAGAGAUGGCAGAUUUGUAUGAAAAGAUGCUCUCAUUGGGUGCUCAGAAGAAUAUUAACUUAGAAGAACUGAUUACCACAUUGGAGACAGUCCUACACAAAUACAGCUCUAAAUUUCACCACCCCAUAGUUGGUCGCCUGGAAGAAGGUUUUCAGACUGAACUUGAUGUGGUAACCCAGUUACUUCGUUGCCAGGCCCAGAUAUCAGAGUGGCACUUUUUGCCAUCUCUGCUUAGCCUGCAUGGUGCCCAUUCAAAACUUAACACAUGGGGUCAGCUUUUUCAGAAACAAAAAGAAACCCGUAAGAAUCUUUUUGGGGGUCAGUCUCAGAAAGCUGUACAGCCCCCUCAUUUGUACUUGUGGCUCCAGCGCUUCUAUGCAGCUCUCCUUGCCAAGUUCAGUUUUUAUUUUCAUGAAGCUCUGAGCCGUCAAACUACUCCAGCUGACAUGAGAACGCUGACUGCCCGCACUACACCAGACUAUCAUGGAAAGAUUUCAUCCUUCAUUCGCAAACAUGAUGCCAGCAAUGUGUCUCUGGUCUUCGAUAACCGUGGCUCAGAGAGCUUUCAGGGGCAUGGCUAUCAUCACCCACAGUCCUACAGAGAAGCACCUAAAGGUGUGGAACAGUUUCCUGCGGUGGUGUCACUUCCGUCAGGUGAACGUCCUCUGACCCACUGGCCAAAUGUUAUCAUGAUGAUGGGAGAUCGAGCUGUAGAGCUUAAUACACUGGAAAAGGUAGUGCAUUUUUAUGACGAUAAAGUUCAAAGCACCUACUAUCUAACACGGCCUGAGCUUCACUUCACUCUGGUGGUCAUCUUUGAUGGCCGGAAGUCAGAGAAAGAUCUCUAUAUAACAGCCUUUUUGCAGGAGAUCUCAGGUUCUCUAAGGAACUCCAAACCUUUUAGCACACUAAAACCUGGUUCAAAGGGCUGAUCAAACCAUGUUCAGAGAUCCUAGCGAGAACUAUGGUUUGUGAAAAAUGUAUUCUUAAAUUUUUUCAAAGUUUUAUUUUACUUGGGCAAAAAUGUUUGUGACCAAACACAUUGUUUGUUAGCUGUUUUUUCUUCAUUUGCUAUUUUAAAUUAAUUGUUCACUUUUAUGUUAUUCCUUUAAAUAUUCUACAGUAUAAGAUAGACAUCAUCAGCAGCAUACAUUAAACUUUGUUUUCUUUCAGGGAAUAUUUGAAAAUGUUUUGAUUGAUAAAAUAAUUCAAUAUUUUAUGCUUUUUAUAGUUACAAUAUCAACAAUUCUUGAUAUGGAUAGGCUGAUUGAGUGUUGAAAAAAUGCCAUAACUUCUAUAAUAAAAGUCUAAUUCAUCUUUAAUUGAUCUUUACAUGUGUUCAAAGUGUCCUCUGAAGAAAGAAAAGUAAAAUGUACAAUGUACCGCAACAUACAAAAAAAUUAAUUGUACCAGCAUUCAUUUUAAUAGUGGGUGUCAGUGCUAUAUAUCAGUGGUUCCCAACCAGCUUUGUCUCAUACUCUUGAGUACCCGCAGACAGGGGUACCAAAUAAAUCUGUUUACUAUACUAGUAUAUUGUGAAUUGCUUCAAUCUGUCUAAAAUGUUUUAUUGCACUAAAAAACACAGAAUAAAAAUUGUCCUUAUUAUGAGUGCUUGCAUCUCCACAAAACUUACUCUUAUUUGACCUGGAGGAGGACCUCCACAUGGAAAUGUUCUUUUGGCUAUAAUAUUCGACAAUAUGGCAUAAUAUGGAUCUAUGGACCAAGGGGUCCCGUAUCCCUGGUUGGGAAACAUUGCGAUAUAUCGAUAACAAACAUUCUGUUACGUUAAGACUUGGAUGCUAAUAAUUUGAUGUUUAUUUAUAUUAUAAAUACAACACAAUGAUACAAUCCAUUUGGCUAUAUGAGCUUAUGUGUAGGAAGCUCGGGUGUCA